UUAUCCGGGUACUGUUGAACGCUUUUUUACAAGAUGGCAGCUUGCUCCUGAAAUUCGAGGUUGUUUUUUUUUUUCCCACAACACUUGAAAGUGUGUGUCCUUUUUUUGUUGCUUCACCUUCCCUGCCGAUCAACAUCACUGCUGCACCAUGGUGUCCUAUUACCAAUAAGACGACUACGGGGGAAACGCACAUCUUCUCUGUUUUCAGCCACUUCGCUUUUCUUCCCUUUGCCAGUGAAAGAACACAUGAAUCCAAUGAUUGAAGAUCAAACUGUCGAUUCAACAUGAAAAUUGAUAGGACCAAGUUGAAAAAGUCAUCAACAGAUGUGCCUGCUGACUGUAAGGCACUGAUUGAAAGAUUAAAGAAUUGUUCUGAAGAUGAACUAUUCAGUGAGUUGACCCAUAUAAAGUCAUGGACUUAUGGGAAGUGUGAACUCUACCAUUGGGUAGAUGUUUUGGAUAAAUUUGAUGAAAUCUUGGAGAAAGCAUGCCAGAGCCAUUCUUCCAACAAAUGGACAUUUGCUUGUGAUGUUUUGGGCAAUGAGAAGCUGAAGGACCUGCUACUCCAGGUGCUACAGUUUACAGCCCUACUCAUAGAACACAGCUUCUCCCGACACCUGUACAAUUCGACGGAGUAUUUAACCAUACUACUCUCGUCAUGUGAUAUGACAGUGGUCCUUGCUGUGCUUAAUCUGCUGUAUGUUUUUGGAAAACGUUCCAACUUCAUUACCAGGUUGGGUGUGGAGAAGAAGCAAAGUCUCAUAUCUAGACUUACACACUUGGCUGAGUUGCAGAAUUUUUCUCCCAGUGCUACUACACUCCAUUUUGAAUUCUAUGCCGAGAACAAAGAUGAAAAAAGUGGGAAAAAGGGUUCUGCCAAUGUCAUAACCUGCAUUCAUAUGGAAAGUGUAGACAAGUGUGGAAAGGUGCCAUCUGAAAUAAUGGAAGAGUUAAUUAACAGUUUCAGCAUCCCAGAGGACCGACAGAUGCUUCUAUAUACUCAUAUUAGAUUAGCUUAUUUGUUCUCCAAAUAUGAAGCUAGAAUACAGUGUGUGCAGGCCAGACUUCAGGCAUUAUCAGUACUUGUAUAUUCUAAUGCCAUUCAAGACAACAUGAAUGCCUUGCUAUAUCCUGGUCUUAUUGAAGAACUGGUUGAUAUAAUUGAAUUAAAAGAUAUGGAUAUUGUGGAUAUCAAGGCUGCUGCGUUACGGACUCUAACAUCAAUAAUACAUUUAGAAAGAAACCCAAAAUUGAAUGCAAUAAUAGAUGCUACUGGCGCGUCUCUAUAUCAUGGCUUCUUGCCAGUAUUGGUGAGAAAUUGUAUCCAACGCAUGAUAGAUCCUAACAUGACUCCCUUCCCUCAACUAUUUGCUACCGCGUUGUUUUCUUUUCUUUAUCACCUUGCCAGUUAUGAGAGUGGAGGUGAGGCCCUAGUUUCUUGUGGAAUGAUGGAAUCUUUAUUAAAAGUCAUUAAUUGGUAUGGUGAGGGCCAGGAGCAUAUCACUUUUGUAACCCGUGCUGUUAGAGUUGUUGAUCUCAUCACAAAUAUGGAUAUGGCUGCUUUCCAAGGACAUGGUGGCUUAAAUGCAUUCUUAAACAGACUUGAGCAUGAAGUCAAUGUCUGCAGAAAAGAACAGCCUUUUGUAAUCAGACCAGCCAAAUCCCAUGACAACUCAAUGGAUGUGAAUCCUGAUUCCCCAUCAGCUAUGGAAACUGAUAACAUCCGACAGGAUGGAGUAGAAGCUUCCACUUCUGAUGCUUUACCCAAAGUAGAUAUCAAUGAAUUAAAAGUGGAUAAGCCAGGCGUGCAAUGUUUCCCACAAAGAGCUGCAUUAUUAAAAUCUAUGUUAAAUUUUUUGAAGAAAGCUAUUCCAGAUAGCUCCUUUUCAGAAAGCAUCAGGCAUUUAAUGGAUGGUUCUUUACCACAGUCUCUCAAGCAUAUUAUAAGCAAUGCUGAAUAUUACGGACCAUCUUUAUUUUUGUUAGCUACUGAUGUUGUCACAGUGUUUGUGUUUCAAGAACCGUCCUUGCUGUCAUCUCUCCAAGACAAUGGCCUAACUGAUGUUGUUCUUCAUGCUCUCUUGACCAAAGAUGUCCCAGCAACACGUGAAGUUCUUGCAGCUUUACCAAACGUUUUUAGUGCACUUUGCCUGAAUGCAAGAGGCCUCGAGGCUUUUGUUCAGUGUCGGCCAUUUGACAGACUAUUUAAAGUUCUUCUUUCUCAAGACUAUCUACCAGCAAUGCGGCGCCGCAGAAGUUCUGAUCCAUUUGGAGAUACUGCCAGUAAUUUGGGCAAUGCUAUGGAUGAAUUAAUGCGACAUCAGCCUUCUUUGAGAACAGAUGCCACCAAAGCUACCAUAAAGCUAUUAGAAGAAGUUUGUGCAAUGGGCCGAGAUAUGAAGUAUAUGUGUCAAAAACCCCAACCAAAAGCUGAGCAAUCGCAGAAUGCUUCGCCUCGAUCACCUCAACCGCCUGAUGGCGGUGGCUCUUCAGAUGAGGAUGAAGACGAUGAUGAUAUGGCAAGCACUGCAAGUCAAAGUAGUGGUGCAAAGCAGCUCUUAGCUUCUGAACAGGCACAAAAUUCCCAAGAAAGACUUGCAAUCCCUCUCAUAGACUAUAUUUUGAAUGUAAUGAAAUUUGUGGAAGCUAUCCUCAGCAAUAAUACAACAGAUGAUCAUUGUCGUGAAUUUGUUACACAGAAAGGUCUCACCCCUCUGAUGGGAAUUUUAGGUCUUCCAAAUCUCCCAAUUGAUUUUCCUACAUCCCCUGCAUGUCAGGCAGUGGCUAGUGUCUGCAAAUCCAUCUUGACUUUAUCACGAGAGCCACAAGUGUUGAAACAAGGUCUCCUUCGUUUGAAUGAAGUAUUAGAAAGUUUAGAAAACUUCCACAAGCCAUUGCCUCGUCCAGGUGGUUCUCUCCUCCUUCGAGAACUUGCCUUAGCUGCCAACAUUCCUGAUGCUAUCUACUGCCCUCAAGCCACACCUCUAUUACACUCCUUAUCUGCUGCUCAUGCAUACGUGAUGAUGUUUGUUCAUGUCUGCCGAAUGGGACAGAGUGAUAUUCGAACUAUUUCAGUGAGUCACUGGGGUUCUGAACUGGGGCUGCAAGUCUUGACUGGACUUAGCCGUCUUUAUUGCUCUCUUGUGUGGGAGAGCACAGUGUUACUGGCUCUCUGCACGGAAGACAUGUUGCCUGCAGAUUGUGAAUUUGGCCGAGCUGACUUGGAGAAACUAAUGCCAAAAGAUGUCAAAGGUGAUAAGGAUGAAAAGACUACAUCUGAGGGUGGUAAUUCUGCGUCUGGUAGUGGGGGCAUGACUGCUGCUGGCCUCAAGCAUAGCACAGAUGAAAUGGGAAGUAAUGGAGUGAGUGCUGCUCUUGAAUCCCUUACUACUUCCGAAAGCCAAGAAACACCAAUGGAGACAAAUGAGGUAAACAGCUUAGAAAAGGAAUCCAAGAAGUCCAAAUUGUGUCCAACUUUACAAGCUCAAGUGAAACAGCUGAAACCAUUGUUAUCGGUGACCUCUCGACUCGGUCGAGCCCUUGCCGAACUGUUCAGUUUAUUAGUAAAGUUGUGUGUUGGGACCCCUGUGCGACAGCGCCGCAGCCACCAGAUGCCAGCCACGCCCACCAAUCCUACUCCUGCUGCUCAGGCUGUAGCGAAAGCCCUAAUGAAACUGUUGGCUAAUGCUUUCAGUUGGACACCACCUCCAAGUUCUCCUGUGCCUAAAUUGAGGUUAACAUUCCUCGUUUGCUGUGUUGGUUUCCUCUCUCCGAUGCUAUUUGAUGACAAAAAGUUGCCCUAUCACUUAAUGUUGCAGAAAUUUCUAUCUUCAGGAGCACAAGCAGCAUUUUUUGAUUCUUUCAACUGGGCUCUUUCUAUGAGAGGCAAGUGUCCUGCUUCUGAAGGUCUUGAACACCCAGACCUUCCAGAAGGAACUGGAGAAUUUCUUGAUGCUUGGUUAAUGCUGGUUGAAAAGAUGGUGAACCCUAAAACUGUUACUGAAUCCCCACAUGUCCUUCCUGCCAAAUCCAGCCAACCAGGGUUCGUUCCAUUCAGUCCUGUCCAGUAUUUGAUAACAACACAAAAGGCUGCUUUUAAUGCUGUGAUGAAUCUUUGGAGAAGAAAACCCCUAAAAACCUAUGGCAGCCGUAUGUCAGAAUCUAUGUUGGCCAUUUUGUGCCACAUUAUUAAAGGAGAAAGCAUUAUAAAGGAGCAGUUGGCAAAAGAAAAAGAAGCUACUGAAAAUGCUGCUUCUACUUCCGCUGUUGAUGGUAAAGGAAGAAGGGAAGAACCAGAAGUUAAUCAGAAUCAUUUACAACAGCUGGUAGAUAUGGGCUUCAGCCGUGAACAUGCCAUGGAGUCAUUACUUCAUACUGUGACCUUAGAGCAGGCCACUGAUUACAUACUUACAAAUAUGCCACCGUCAAUGACUGCUGGUGUAAGUAGUUCUCUUAUAUCUAAUCAAAGUCUAGAUAUGGAAAUGUCUGAAGAAGAUCAGAUGCUCAGAGCAAUCGCUAUGUCUUUAGGAGAGAAUGUUGUUAUGUCAACUGAUCAGGAGGAAAGUAAGAAAAAGGAAGAAAAAUCCUCUGAGCCAGAAGAUGAAAACCAACAAGCAGAAGAUCCUUUAGAUUCCUCUGUACUGGCAGAUUUCUCUGCCAAUGCAUUACCAGGAUGUUUGUCACUGCUCGACAAGUUACCAGAAACAGUGUAUAGGAUUUGUGACCUUGUCCUUGUAGUGUCACAGUAUGCUGGAGAUGAACUUAGGAAAAAGAUGCUGCAAACCUUGACCAGUGAGAUUUUCCAACUUGGUGAGAAAAUUUCUCGGGAUGUCCGAUCAGCUAACAGCAUGAAAUGUGAAGAUGUAAAGCUGGUUUUAGAAUCUCAAGAAACUACAGCUUUUGGUGCCAGGCUUCAUUUGUUGAGCCUUCUUUGUGAGGAGGUGAUGAUCCCAACAGCCAGAGUAAUUCAGGAUAGCAAUAUUGUAUGUCUGCUAGUAGAUGUAUUGGAAGGAACUCAGGAAUACUUAGCUCAGUCUAAAGAAUCUAUCAGUCUCAAAUGGAUGGCACCUCUUCUUCUCCUUUUGGAUUUAUAUGAAAAAGUAGCUGUGAUAUCCAAACGCAAGACCGAAGCUGAAAUUUUAUUGGCUAAUUGUCACACUUGGAAAUGGUUUGAUGAUCGGAGUGGGCGCUGGUGUAAUUACAGUGUGAGCAACAACAAAACAAUCGAUGUAGCCUAUCGACGUGGUGAAUCUAGUGUAAAAUUUCAACAUUUGAGACUUAUAUUUAAAAAAAAAAAAAAAAAAUCUCUUCAUUUUGCAGCUGCCUCUGAGGUUUCUCAAGAAUCUUCUACUACUAAUCUUGGCACCCCCAGUAAUACCAGUGCCGUAGCAGCAAUAAGCAGUACUACUGCCACUACUACUAGCAGCAACACAUCAGCUGGCGCCCCAGUCUCUCCCCCACCGCCACCCUUACCAGCUAUUUCUGAAGAGACGAAACAAGAAGUGGUCAUCCAUGGACUCACUGAGGAGAGUUGUUCAAAGGUCAUUGUAUCAAUGGUGAGCUUGUUGUCUGUACAGAUUGGUUCCAACACUUUAAGUGCAGCAUUGCGCUUAAUCCUCCGUCUAACCCGUGAACAUAAAUAUGCCAUGAUGUUUUCUGAACUUGGUGGGCCAAAACUUUUGCUCCAUUUACGACAGCCAGUAUUGUUCCAAGGCUUCACAUCCUUGGUAACCCUCAUCUUUAGACAUAUUCUCGAAGAGUUGUCAGCUCUUAAAUACAGCAUGGAGAAGGUGAUAAAAAUGGCAUCGAUGGGUGUUGGAUCUCCUAUCAGUGGAAUAGCCCAAAGCAGUCCUGGUGCUAAAGAAAUGCAUUACGUAUUACGAAUCCUUGGCCCCGCAGCUUGUCGCUGCCCAGAAGUUUUUGUAGCCAUCGCACAACAGACUCUCCGUAUUGCUUUACCACCCCCAUCCAAAAGAGAUGAAGAUGAAGCCAGAUCAGCUGCUCUGAAUACACCCCAGAUGGUGAAAUUUGUCCCGAUACAAUCGUCAACUAUAACACCAGUGAAACGCGUCGUGAAACAGGUGGUAGCUGAGCUACUAAAUGCAUUGAUUCUAUGCCAUUCCCAAAGUUCUUCUUCUCAGUCAGCCUCUAGCACAGAAGACCUGGACAGACCAACUGGUCAGGUUCCUUCUGCCACCCAGGAAUUAGCCACAGACUUGUCAUCCAACAGUUUGAAUGCCGAACCACCUCUGAUGGAACAGAAUGCGGUUAGCCUUGCUCCAAUGCCUGUUCCUGAUGUCCCCGAGAAAGAUGCAAGUGAACCUGGGAAAGAACAGAAACCAGUUGCUGAUGACCAAGGGCAGAAGCCAUUGCUUCCCAAGUCGGCCAUUCUGCGCCUGUUGUCAGAAAUUGUGAAAUCCUACAGUGCAUGCACUCAGUUGAUAACAGAACACAAGUACACUGCUGGUCAAAGUGAACUUAUUACUGAGAAUUGCAACAUGUUGGCGUUUGUUCUUGACCAGUUGUUACCCCCCUGCCAAACAUCUGGAGACCGUGACUGUCCAGCAUUAUCAAGGGUUUUAAUUGCCAGCAUUGCCUCAUGCAAUCAUUGCCCUGACGCUCAGACCCAGUUAGCUAUUGAAGUAAAAGCAGCCUUGCAGAGGGCUCUGAAUCUUCCUGAAAGUUCCGAGAAACACUUUCGUAUUCAAGCCUUAACAGGCAUUAUCAGCACAAUGAUUGAAUCUUGCCCUACACCUGGUCAGGUACCAAAUCAAGUAUUUAAAGGUCAGCAAAACCUCAUGAAUGUUGUGGUGAAGACGUUGAUUAAACGAGGUUUAGUGAACGACCUUGCCCGCGUACCGCACAGCCUUGACCUCUCCAGCCCUUACAUGGCAUCCACCAUCAAUGCCACAUUGAAACCUUUGGAAACAUUGUCUAGAAUUGUGAACCAGCCACAGGCACUUUCUACUAAAUCUAGAUCUAAAAACCAGGGAAUUAGCCGAGAAGUAAAUUCCUUUGUAGAAACACUUGCUAACAAUGUGGAGGGCUUUUUUGGUUCCCUUUUAGGAGGAGAUAAUCAACAAAAUUCUAGUACUUUAGAAUUGGAAGAUGCAGCUGCAGACCAAUCGGAUAUCAUCACAGAAUCAACCGUUACUGCUGCCGAGUCUGUUGAUAGUGAGCUACAGGCUCACAGUAACUUAGACCAUGUAAUAGACGAGUUAUUUCAAAGGGAUUCAGGUCGCGAUCCUGAACAGCAAGUCAUUAGUGAAAUAAUCAUGGAAACAGCUGAAGAACCCUUGUCGGCUCACAAUGAUGACGAGUCUCCAGAUGUUAUUAUUGAUGUCGAUGUUGAGCAGGAAGAAAUAGACAGGCAUGAUUCUCAGAUGAUAAGUCAGGAGAGUUCUGAAGGUGAGGAUGCUGAAAAUAAUGAAGAUGUUCAUGAAGAAGAAGGUUCCGAAGAGGAAAGUGGUUCAGGGGAUGAGGAAGGAGAUGUCUGUGACAAUGAAGACGAUGAAGAGCAUGAAGAUGAGGAAGAUGAGGAUGAGGGUUCUGAGUGUAUGAUGGAAGCUGAUGACGAAGAUGAAGAUGAUGACUACCAGGAAGUGGAUAGUUCAAUGGCCCAGGCUGUUGACGACGACUAUCUUCUCCGUGUGGAUGAUGUGUUCUCAACAGUGAUCCACAGGAACUAUAGUAAUCAAAUCUUUUCAGGCCAGCAUGUUGUUUUUAAUGAUAAUUCCAGUUUUCGUACUUAUCAUUUGCCAUUCUCUCUCCAUGAAGACAAUGGUAAUGAAACAUCAGUUCCUUCUUUGCCACCUGCUCCCAGUUCUGUGCCUACAACCCAUCCACUUUUGGUCCGUAACCCUGAACCAGCUCCUGUGAUGGGUGUGGCCCGCGUUCAUCGUGGCAACAGGCAGCGUAAUACAUAUCGCUUUAACCCAAGCACCUCAACAUUACAAGUUAAUAUCCACAGUGCUAACAACAGACAACCAAACACACCAGUUAUAUUACAAAGAUUACUAGGGCCAGACGUUCUACAGCUGACAACUGGUCAAGGAGCAGUCCCCUCACAGGCAAGAAUGGUUUUAGCUAAUGAAGAUCACCUGCGGUUUGUUUCUUCACGCCAAGAUGAAGAUGUCUUUGAUGAAUUGUUUCAGGAUAAUUACCCUGACAAUAGCUCUGCUGGUCCCGGUGUCCUUUCUUGUAUUCCCUCAACACUCACACGUUGGACUGAAGAAGCCAAGGUGCUUGAUGGUGAUAGUGUACAUGAUUGUGUGACCAUUUUGAAGAGUCAGAUUAUUGACGUUUUGGAGAAACAUCGCAACAUGGAAUUAGAGGAACGCCGAGAAAAACGGCGGAAAGCAGCUGAAGAGGAAGCUGCCCAGAAAGCUGCUCAGAACAAAACAGAAGAAACGAAAUAUGACAGUGCUAAUGCUGAGAAAAAGACUGAAGCCCCAACUUCAAACAUGGAGGUAUCUUCACAGGGAGGAAGUGGUAACGAAGCAGCUGCUGCCACUCCUGUUUUGACAUCAAAUUUAGGAACUAUUCCUGGGAAAGAAAACACUAGUACUCCUACAGGUGUCACUACAGAAAGUCAGAGUUCUGCUAUGGAGGCUGAACUCUCAGAGCAGGGAGCUACCUGGGCCCCUCCUGGAAACCAGCCAUCUUCAGAGAAGUCUGAUUUCUCUACUGUGACAAGCAGUGUUCCUCUUCCAACAGGGGGCAGUGCAGCACAGCCAGCAGCUUCAAGCACUUCAGAUGGAAUUGGACUUUUGUGUACGGCUGGUCAGGUUUUGGCUGAGUCAGUCUCCACACCCCCUCAGCCAAUCCCAAUCAACACCCCUAGGGCACCAGUACCUUCAUUACAGACACGUCUGACCACAAGAAACAAAAAUUCCAACAUGGAAGACGAGACUCCAAUGGAAGUGAUGGUAACUUCUGAUAGCAGUGCAGCGACUGCACCUCAAGAAGGUGCUGCAGCCAGCAGCAGCCAAGAUGCAGGAGCUGUCUCUUUUCAACCGGUUUUGAGGCAGAGUUCCGAUGCUGAAGAGAAGCCCAGUACUGGCUUUGUUCCAGAGAGCACAUCAAUAGACCUCAGUGCUUCGUCUUCAGUUGUUUUUGGUGCAAUGCCUGAUGUAUUAGGGUUGCCAACAACAACCACCACCACAACGACAACUACUACUACUACUGCUGCCAAUACUCCUGUCAGCUUGCAUUCUACAGGCAUGGUGAGUACUGACCCAACAACGCCAAUUCGAACUCAAGCCAGUGGUAUGAGUAUUCCACAGUUAACUUCAAGCUUAACAGCAAAUAACAUGACCGAUGUAUUGGCUGCUACGGCUUUUACUAGUACACCAACCACUGAAAGCAAUAGUAUAGUGUCUGGCACUGAUCGACCGUUAAGUAUGUAUGGUCCAGAUGUCAGCUUUAACCAACCUCAACCAGCAAACCAAGAACAAGGAGAGCCAUCACUACCUGAAGGUGUUGAUCCAUCAUUUUUGGCGGCCUUACCUGAUAACAUUCGGCAAGAAGUGAUAGCAGAACAGCUUCGAUUGCAACGCAUCCAACAGAGAGCUCAACAACAAGCUCAGAAUAGUAGCAGUAGUAUGGGUCAUUUGGAGGUGAAUCCUGAGUUCUUGGCUGCACUGCCACCUGCUAUACAAGAAGAAGUACUGUCUCAGCAGCGUGCUGAACAAGCCAGGUUGACUGCCCAACAGAACCCUACCAACCCAGAAACUCCAGUCGAUCCAGCAAAUUUCUUUGCAUCGUUGCCCAGUUCUCUUCGUCAACAAGUGCUAGCAGAUAUGGAUGAUAGUAUGGUUGCAGUGUUACCACCUGAUCUGGCUGCUGAAGCCCAAGCGCUGCGGAGAGAAUUGGAAGAACGGCACCGUCGCUUAAUGCAAGAACGUUUCUUUGCUCAAGCUAGUGCAGGUUCGCUGUCAGCUAUACUCCGGCAAACUGGUCUUGCUGGAAGAUUGGGUACACGCUAUGCAAUUCGAGCUGCCCCGCGCAGUGGUAACCAAUGGUGUUGGAGUGGAAACCGUCCUGGACAGAGCAAUUUAAAUGCCAAUUCUGUUAAACUGCGAGGACGACUGCUGCUUGAUCACGAAGCUCUGACCUGUUUGCUUGUACUGCUGUUUCUUGAUGAACCUAAAAUUAACACAAACCGUCUUCAUCGUGUCUUUCGGAACCUCUGCUACCACGCACCAACUCGAGCCUGGGUGGUGCGGGCCCUCCUCUCAAUCCUCCAGCGAACCAGCAACUGCACAAGAUUUGAUGGUGUUGUGGGUGAAAAAGGUAAAACAGACAAAUCGAUGAGGAAACGGUCUCAUUCCAUGCAAACUGACAGCAUAGCUGCCUUAAAAGUAGAUACCAAGAACCAAGCGUCAUGGCUGUCUAUUAGCCUUGAAGCAGCCCUCGGCUGCAGGACUAAUGUCUUCCAGAUACAACGAUCUGGCAAGAAACAUCCAAACUUGGCUAACUCUACUGUGACUAUACAUCAUCAAGCCGCUCCUGUGGUGUGUAGACAUGUCUUGGACUCUCUAAUAUCAUUAGCAAAGAGCUUUCCUAGUCAGUUCCUCCCACUCAGGAAAGCGAAAGAAGUUUCAAAAUGUGAUACAGACAAGGAUAAAGAUGGCAAAGACAAGGAUGGUAAAGACAAAGAUGAUGUUGAUAAACAAAAAGAUAAAAUUGAUGGGACUCCAAGCAGUCCACGUAUUAAGGAGCGAUCUGACAGACAGGAACCGAGUGGAAGCAGUCGACCUGAUUCAGACUUUUGGGACCUUCUAGUGCGCCUGGACGGUCUGACUAACCGAAAGGGCAAGGGUCUACAGCGAUUACACAGCACAUCGGGUGUAGACACAGAAACCUACAAUGUAACAGAUUUUGAAUCUUCACCUCUCGGACAGUUAAUGGCAAUGCUAUCACAUCCUGUCAUUCACUCGAGUCAAAUGUUAACGGACAGAUUGUUACGUUUGUUAGGACUUGUUUCAAUUGGAUUACCAGAAUUAAUGGCUCAAAAACCACAAGAAGUCUCUACAACUAUGAAUCCGGUCAGUGCAGCGGUAACUACGCAAGCUGCCCCUACCUCAAUGUCGUUAUCCAUAGCUGGUGCCCCUGCUGUAGCUGGUAAUGUCACCUCUCCUGCUGUUACUAACCAGGCAGAUCUAUCUACAUUGACAUCUACACUACCUGAAGCCGUCAGUAAGAUGCCUUCAGCAGAAGAAACAACAGAGAAGACAGAGAUUGAAGAGCUGCAAGAUUCAUGGAAGAACCUCCUCAUUUUAGAAAAUCAACUUCAGUUAGCAGUUAAGGUGUUGACUUCCAAGUCUUGUUCUGAAGAAGGUCUGGAAGAUGCCACCAAUCUGUUGCUGCAGUUGUCUAGAGCCAAUUCUGCUACCCACAAUGCUGUGCUCAAAUUACUAUUGGAUGGCGCUCGAGAACUUGGUCACACGAUCUGUGACCAUAUCCGUAAGCUGCUGGUAGAAAUCAAAGAAUUGAACGGGAAGCUAAAAGAUAUCCAAGGAGAUGAGUCCAAGGACACAGGUCCACUGGUGAAAGGUUAUUUGACGGACAGGUUCACCCGAGCAGUUAAUGUUGUUGUGUCUGCCCCCACUAAAAUGAAGGGAGGUCACGACCUACAGUUGCCGUCAAUGUCUAUGUUGACCAGUAAGAACUCCAGCCAGCAGUUCUUCCUUCGUAUCCUUAAGGUUAUCAUUCAUCUCAGAGAUGCUGCACGCCAGUCACUUGCCAAGAAAGCAAGAGCCACAGGUGAAAGAACUCUAACGGACGAUGUGUUGGCACCAACCAUGGAAACAUUGAUAGACACCUCUGGCAGUGGUAGCGCAAUGUUUUCCUCCCAAGAUGGAGCAGCUGCUACUCAAGCGCCUGCCCCUGCAGCCAGCGGUGCCACUGCUACAGAUGUUAACACCACCAGUACUAGCAGCAGUCAGGAAAUGACCAGUUCCACUUUAUCUGAGAACCAGCCAUCACAAUCUAUUACACAGCAACAAAGUUUCAUAGAAUCCGUCACUUUGAUGACAGAUUCUCAGAUGGAUGUCGAUCAAGCAGAGAAUUUAGUUGAUGACCGAAAAGGACGAUCAAAGAAGGAAGGAGAACUUCCUCGCCUUAGUGAUCAAUUACAGUUAGAUGAAAUGUGGCAGACCCUUGGAGACUGCCUCACAGAAUUAGCCAAGACACCUGACCACCAUGCCGUACUUAUUCUCCAACCAGCUGUUGAAGCCUUCUUUCUUGUGCAUGCAGGUGAGAAAGACACCAAGAAAAACGAGCAACCAAGUCAGAAACGUGAAGAUCAGUUAUCUCACUUGAGUAUGGAAGUUGCACCAGCUUCGCCAUCUCCAGCAUCUGUUAUGGAGAACUCCACGUUACUUACCCGGGAAAAUUCUGUGGCGUCUGUAUCCUCUUUGGGACAUGCCUCAAGUGAUACACAGAAAUUUUUAAAGUUUGCUGAAACUCACCGAACAGUAUUGAACCAAAUACUGCGA